CCCGGUUGGCGCAAUGAACCGCACGCUCUCUCUCAUCCCUUCCCGUCAUGCAGCGCUCUUGCCUGCUCCUCCGUCGACUCAAGCCGCCAUGUUGUCGGAGUGAAAGCCUGGGGUGUCAGAGAGAAACUGGGGCCGAAAUCCGUGUCCAUCCACCCUCUCCGCCGGCUGUGGUGGAAUGAGCAGUGUGUGUGUCUUGAAGAGGAAAGCAGUGCUCUGGCAGGAUUCAUUCAGCCCCCACCAUAGAACUACAUCUCCCAGCAUGCCCGUGGUGCUGAGCAGCGGAGGACAUGCCCCUCCAACUGGGCAGACCCCUCAGGCCACACCCCCAAGUCAGCAGGGUGUGGCUGGUGCUGGACGUUCCCAAGAUGAUGCCAUGGUAGACUAUUUCUUCCAGCGGCAGCAUGGUGAACAGCCCGGCAAACAUCGCUGGCCCACUGGAGACAACAUCCAUGACAGCCAGGUACGGUCCAUGGACGAGCUGAACCAUGACUUUCAGGCUCUGGCUCUGGAGGGACGUGCCAUGGGAGAGCAGCUGCUAACUGGUAAGAAGUUCUGGGAGACGGAUGACUCUGGGAAGGAUGGACCAAAAGGGAUCUUUCUGGACCAGUGGAGGGACAGUGCAUGGGGUGCCUCAGAUCACUCUGUGUCUCAGCCAAUCAUGGUGUCUCGUCGGCCAGGGCAAGGUUUCCAUGGCGGUGGUGAAGUCGGGGUGGGCUCGGUGAUGUCACCGCGCUCUGAGAGUGGAGGGCUGGGAGUUAGCAUGGUGGAGUACGUCCUCUCCUCCUCACCGGCUGACAAACUGGAUUCAUGCCUCCGAAAAGGACCUUAUGGACAGAGAGAUGGAGAGGUGGAGGAGGAGAAGAGGGACAAGCCAAAAGCAUCGUUUGAAGGAGAGAAAAUGAAAGAGUUGGCAGAAGUUGAAGUUGAUGUCAUUAACGACGUCAUCAACCCUAAUGGGCUGCCCGUGCAGAACGGCCUUGACGUCGAUGUCAAAGAGUAUGGUCGUCCCCCAGGCAACAUGCCGGCCCCUGGUCCUGAGGGCGACCUGCUUGGGGGUCCCGGGGGUGUAGGGGCUGAUGGCCUGACACCCCUGGGAGGUGGUGGAGGCCCCAAACCUCCUGAGGACUUCUCUGGCGUGGAACAAGGUGGUGUCACCAUGGACCCCAUGGAGUCCGUGAUGGAGCCGCUUCAGUUUGACUACAACUCCCAGAUGACCAUGGACUCUGCGCCCACCGUGGGCUUAUUUGAUUACGCCAACCAGCAGCAGCAGCUGUUCCAGAGAAACAACGCCCUAGCAGUGCAGCAGUUAACAGCAGCCCAGCAACAGCAGUAUGCCUUGGCAGCAGCACAGCAGCCUCACAUUGGUCUGGCCCCAGCUUUUGUGCCGAAUCCUUACAUCAUCAGUGCUGCUCCACCAGGGACAGACCCCUACGCAGCCGGACUAGCAGCAGCCGCUACACUCGGUCCGGCAGUGAUGCCUCCCCAGUACUAUGGUGUGACCCCCUGGGGGGUCUAUCCUGCCAACCUUUUCCAGCAGCAGGCUGCUGCAGCCAACAACUCGGCCAAUCAGCAGGCUGCAAACCAGGGCCAGCAGAACCAACAGCAGGUGAUGCGUGGUGGGGGCAACCAGCGACCUUUGACCCCCAGCCAAGGUCAACAGAGUCAGCAGAAUGACCAGCUGGUUGCAGCAGCAGCAGUCAACUCAGCCCUUGCCUUUGGACAGGGGUUAGCAGCAGGAGUCCCUGGCUACCCAGUCCUGGCCCCUGCAGCCUACUACGAUCAGACGGGGGCCCUGGUGGUCAACACUGGAGGUAGGAGUGGCCCUGUCCGCCUCAUGGCCCCUGCCUCCGUCAUCAUAUCUCCUUCCGCAGCACAAGCAGUUGCAGCAGCAGCAGCCUCUGCAGGUGGCGCCAAUGGUGGCCUAGGCGGUGGGGCCAAUGGUCCAUUUCGUGCCAUGACGUCCCAGCAGGCUCAGCAGCAGGGUGGCCCUGGUGGCGCUCUGGGCGGAAGCUCCUUCUACGGAUCCUCCUCCCUUAGCUCCUCCUCCCAGAGUUCUUCUCUUUUCUCACAGGGCUCCGGCCAGCCCGGACCAGGUUCUGCCUCCUUGGGCUUUAGCCAGCAAGCUUCCUCCUCCCUCGGUGCCACACUGGGGGCCACGCUGGGAGGCUUUGGCACUGCAGUGGCCAACUCAAGUGGUGGCAGCGGUUCCAGGCGGGACUCCCUGACAGGCAACAAUGAGCUGUACAAACGGACGCCCUCCAGUCUCACUCCGAUUGGCCAUGGAGGCUUCUAUAAUGGCACCUUGGGCUUCAGUCCUUCCCCUGGCCCUGUGGGCAUGCCCCUUCCCAACCAGGGCCCCUCCCAUUCCCUAACACCUCCACCUUCCCUGUCCAAUCACAGCUCCUCAUCCAACCUUAAUCUUGGAGGCCUGACCAAUGGCAGUGGGCGUUUCAUCUCUGCAGCUCCAGGAGCAGAGGCCAAGUACCGCAGUGCCGCCAGCUCAGGCUCCUCCCUCUUUUCACCCAGCAGUCAGCUGUUCCCGUCGUCACGGCUACGAUACGGCAUGUCAGACGUGAUGCCGUCAGGCCGUAGCCGCCUGCUGGAGGACUUCAGGAACAACCGCUACCCCAACCUGCAGCUCAGAGACAUCGCUGGCCACAUCAUGGAGUUCAGCCAGGACCAGCACGGCAGCAGGUUUAUCCAGUUAAAAUUGGAGCGAGCCAGUUCAGCGGAACGCCAGCUUGUGUUCAGUGAGAUACUGCAGGCGGCCUACCAGCUCAUGGUGGACGUCUUUGGAAAUUAUGUCAUCCAGAAGUUCUUUGAGUUCGGCAGUCUGGACCAGAAGCUGGCUCUGGCAGAGAGGAUCCGAGGUCAUGUGCUGUCUCUGGCCCUGCAGAUGUACGGCUGCAGGGUCAUUCAGAAAGCUCUGGAGUUCAUCCCCUCUGAUCAGCAGGUCAUUAGUGAGAUGGUGCGGGAGCUGGACGGCCAUGUGUUGAAAUGUGUGAAGGACCAGAACGGUAACCACGUGGUGCAGAAGUGUAUCGAGUGUGUCCAGCCUCACGCGCUGCACUUCAUCAUAGACGCCUUUAAGGGACAGGUCUUUGCCCUCUCCACUCAUCCUUAUGGCUGCCGAGUCAUCCAGCGCAUUCUUGAACACUGCCUUCCUGAGCAGACGCUGCCUAUACUGGAGGAGCUCCAUCAACACACAGAACAGCUGGUGCAGGACCAGUACGGCAACUAUGUGAUCCAGCAUGUUUUGGAGCACGGCCGAGCUGAAGAUAAGAGCAAGAUAGUGGCUGAGAUCAGAGGCAAUGUCCUGGGACUCAGCCAGCACAAGUUUGCAAGUAAUGUGGUGGAGAAGUGUGUGACCCAUGCGUCACGGGCAGAACGGGCAGUGCUGAUAGAAGAGGUGUGCAGCCUGACUGAGGGCCCCCACAGUGCCUUAUACACCAUGAUGAAGGACCAGUACGCCAACUAUGUGGUGCAGAAGAUGAUCGAUGUGGCCGAGCCCUCCCAGCGCAAGAUCGUAAUGCACAAGAUCCGGCCUCACAUUUCCACCCUGAGGAAGUACACGUAUGGAAAACACAUCCUGGCCAAGCUGGAGAAGUACUACAUGAAGAAUGGCGUUGACCUGGGUCCUCUCUGUGGCCCUCCCAAUGGCAUCAUGUAA